UAACAAUUGUACCAAGAUGUUUGACGUCACAAGAUUUUGAGGCAAACGCUUACACAAAAUGCAACAUCCACAUAUCGCUCUCUGAAUUCGGGGAAAAUGGCUGCCUUGGUAAAGUUGAGAACCAAAAUAACAGAAAAUCAGAAAGAGAUAUUAUGUAAGUUCUUUGAUGAAGGGAUGAUUUCGAAGGGAAAGGAGAAAGCUGAAUACCACAACAAGGCCGCCCAAGAAACGGGGCUAGACAUUAACGUUGUCAAGGAAUGGGUUGGGAAUCAUGCUAAGAAACUGUCAGGACGCAAAUAUACGUAUGGCAGUCGCACAGCUGUUCACUCCAAAGGUGUUUCUGCAUACAAUCUGUAUGUAAAAGAAAUGAGAGAUUCAUUAGGCCCUAUGUCAACAUGGGCAGAAUCCUGGAACAUGUUAUCACCUACAGAAAAAGGUGAAUAUGCAGAAAGGGCAGCUGUCACAAAGGACCAAGCUGUCUUGAAUCCAGCCAGGGCGAUAAAACAGAUGAUCAAAGAGAUUCAUUCAAGGCUAGAGAUACUUCAACAGCUCGGAUUAGACCCUUCUGUCAUUGGAAUAGAAAAUGGCAGCGAAGUUGUUUGUGGAACUGGGUUGGUCCAUUCAUACAUUUGCCAAAAACCAGAAAUCAUGCAGGAUCAACGCUCAUUUUUGUCGCGAGGCAUGUGGCAUUCCAGUUGGAGGACAGUAAAGAGUUCCAUAAAGCGCAGAUCGAAACCAAUUUUUGGGUUUGUUGGUGUUGCUGGCCACAAAUUAAACUUCAAAAAGGUUAAAGCUGGCUCUUCACAACGGCAUAAGGAUGCCCUGCACUCAUGUUGCUGACCUUUCAAUAUUAUAUUUGUUUAAUUUACUACACAUUUUAUGCCAACUUUAUCAAAAAUGCAUAUAUAAUCAUAAUUGAGCACAUAAUUUUUUUUUUUUCUGUAUACACAUAGCAGUAGCCUCACAGCCUGCAUAAGAAGUUUAUGUAUCAACACAGACUAGCAGAUAUUUCACACGUUUACAAUGACUGCAAAAUGCUUCGAGGUUGUGAAUUACAACAAUAAGUAUAAAGACUGGGACAUACAACUAAGUAUUGACACAAUUAAUCCAUAUGAUUCUAUCACACACAAAUUUGUAUUCAAUUGAAUUUAGUAUUUUAAAACAACCCUUGAUAAAGAUGUCGGACCUAAGUAAUUUUAGUCUAGAAAGGGCUGACGUGUAAUUUUCAGAUAAGAACAUGUUGGUCUUUUACAUGAGUUACUUCAAUAGCACAGCCUGUUAAAAAAAUAUAUAUUGUACCUUCAUUAUCAACCACGAAGAUGGUGCUUUCAUAGAUGCUGCUGCAUUCAUAGUCUGCCUGGCGUAAAGUCCGCUGUAUCACGAAAGGAACAUACAGUGUUCCCUGAAAAAAGUAGUUGCUAUUUAAACAUAAACUAAACUAAACAUUACCGAAAAAGAAUACUAAUAUAAGUGAUUUUAGAACCAGAGUUUGUUAGCUGUAUUUAACACAAUAAAAGCAAUUUUUACUGAACUCUAUAAGCUCAAACAACUCAAAAAGAAAACAUUUCAUACUCUGUGUUUUGUAAGCAAACAUGUCAGCAGUUAACCAUGCACAACACAUUUAAAUUAUUCCAAAUUAGUUUAUUGUCAAAGUGAUCUUUUGAAAAAUGGAUUGGAAAAUGUUCAACAGCAACAACUAUGUCAAUAUCAAUGUCAAUAUCCAAGUAAUGCUCUAUUGGUCUUUGUAAACUUACAUCUACCCCAGGUACAUGUACGGUAACUAUACUUAAUCGUACCCAGUCGAUUUGAGACUGUACCCCAGUUAUGUUCCCGAUGUCGUAAAACGUGCUACUGAUUAACUUGAACAAACUGCUCUUUAAAAAAAAUACAUCAACAUGCUUUUUGAGUAUGAGUUUUGAUAAUAAAGCGGCCAUUAAAAAAAAAUGACAUAAAUGUGAAUAUAAUAAAUAAUAAUAUUAAAUAGCCUACAACACCUGAUUUAGCAUUAAAUUUCCCAGUACAUGAUGCGAGUAUACUUAAAAUUACCCGGGAUACAUGUAAGUAGUACCCGAGGCGACACUGACCAAUCGAGCCCAAGUAAUGAAGGAAGAUGUGGCUAGCUGAAAUAGUAAAAUCUAGUUAAUUAACCAAGCAACUCUAAAAUGGUUUACAAAUAAUUACUAUCCAAAAGAAACUAAAGACACGAGAAACAAAUUAACUAUUAUAAAUUCUAAUUAAAAUCAUUGGUAUAAUAGACAUGUGUAUGUAAAAAUUAAACCUACAUUCCAUUUCUUUGGUCGAUGAAACAGCAUUGGCUUGUGGAUUUGAUUGCAACACAAAUCGCAAUAGAAAGCAUAAGGACCGCAAGUGUCACAGUGUAUAAUGUUAUCCACUGUUGAAUGACACAGUACACAGCAUGUUAUGUUGUUGCUGGGAUCAUUUCCUCUAUGUGGGUGUGCAACAUUUUCGACCGAAUUGCCUCCCAAGCUUUCAGAAGUUUUUCUUUCUUUGCAGAGUAGCUCAUGCCUGGAACAAUCACACAUAUCCAAGCUAAUUUUGUGUUUUCACUUAAAUCAUCUUUCCAUUAUCAGAACCAGAUUAAUUGGCAACACAGAUUAGAUAGCAAAUUCAAUGGUUGGCAUUAACAAGCCGUGUGCCUGCGGCCUUGCAGCAAGUUGGCAUGUAAUGAUGUUACUGGAGUACAGUUUAAAUAAAAUAACAAAUAUAAA